CUUAAAAAGUCUAGGUCUGCUUAGAGGAGAAAAUUACUCAAAACUCCCUGAAACUAGAUAAUUAGGGAAAAAUGUACAUAAUUAAAUUCUUUCUCAUUAUUGUUCUUCUAGUUCUUUCUUCCAGGACUGAUCAAGACAAUUUAUCAUUUGAUGCCACAACUUCAGAGCCAAAACCAAGAUUUGCUAUGUUAAAUGACGUAAAGACUGUAGCCAACGGCCUCCUUCAGUUGGGAUACAGUUUUAGAGACUUUACCCAUAAGACUAAGGGCCAAAUGAGAGACAUAUUUCAAAAACUCAACACAUUUGAUCAGUCUUUUUAUGAUUUAUCACUGCAAACUAAUGAAAUUAAAGAAGAUGAAGAAGAACUGAGAAGAACUACAUCCAAACUACGAGUCAAAAAUGAAGAGGUGAAGAACAUGUCAUUGGAACUUAACUCAAAACUUGAAACUCUCUUAGAAGAAAAACUUCUACUUCAGCGAAGAGUGAGAUAUUUGGAGGAACAGUUAACUAAUCUAUUGCAAAAUCAACCUGACAUUCAGGAACACCCAGAAGUAACGUCACUUAAAACUUUUGUAGAACAGCAAGAUAACAGCAUCAACGACCUUCUCCAGAUAGUAGAAGAACAAUAUAAACAAUUAAACCAACAGCACAGUCAAAUAAAAGAAAUAGAAAACCAGCUCAGAAGGAUUGGUAUUCAAGAACUCACAGAAAAUUCUCUUUCUUCCAAACCAAGAGCACCAAGAACUACUCGCACUCUUCAGCUAAAUGCAACAAAAAAUGCAGAACAAGAAGAUGUUCCUGCUGACUGCUCUGCCAUUUAUAAGAGAGGUGAACACAGAAGUGGCACAUAUGCCAUUAGACCCAGCAAUUCUCAAGUGUUUCAUGUUCACUGUGACGUCAAGGCAGGUAGUUCAUGGACAUUAAUUCAACACCGAACAGAUGGAUUACAAAAUUUCAAUGAAACAUGGAAGAAGUACAAAUAUGGCUUUGGGAAGCUUGAUGGAGAAUUUUGGCUGGGCCUGGAAAAGAUAUAUUCCAUAGCGAAGCAAUCUAGUUACAUUUUACGAAUUGAACUAGAAGACUGGAAAGACAACAAGUAUCACGUUGAAUAUUCUUUUCACUUGGGAAGUCAUGAAACCAACUAUCUGUUACACCUGGCCGGGGCGACUGGCAAUGGUCCCGAGGUGUUCCCAGAACACAAAGACUUGAUGUUUUCCACCUGGGAUCAUAAAGCAAGACACCUGAAUUGCUCAGAAAGUUACUCAGGAGGCUGGUGGUGGCAUGAUGCAUGUGACGGAAACAACCUAAAUGGCAAAUAUAACAAACCAAGAGCAAAAUCUAAGACAGAGAAGAGAAGAGGAAUAUGGUGGAGGUCUCCAAAUGGAAACUUAUACUCUAUCAAAUCAACCAAAAUAUUAAUUCAUCCAAAAAAUUUAGAAAGCUUUGAAUGAGUAGAUGAAAAUUCAAAGACAACAAAUUAAAUAUUAAACUCAUUUCAAAUUUC